AUGGCUGCUGGAAGGUUACUGCUGUAUGCUGGCCUCUCUUUAGCUCUGUGUGCCCUGGGCAUGCUGGCUGUGGCAAUCUGCUCUGACCAUUGGUAUGAAACUGAUGCCAGAAAGCACAGAGAGAGGUGCAAGAGCAUCACCACUAAGAGAAAUGACCCUGGCUUCAUUUAUAAUUCCAACAACAACCUGCCUCUCAGGGCCAGCAGGUCUAGGUUGGACCGCUGGGAAGGGAAACUCCUCUUGGCAAGAAACAGGAGGCAGAUCUUUGCUAUGAGUGCGGUCGACGAGUGCAACAGACAGUACAACUCAACCAACAUGGGGCUCUGGAGGAAAUGCCACCGGCAAGGAUUCGACCAAGAGCUGGAGGAGCUGAUUGCCAAAG